AGCGGGCGUCUGUUAACGGAUUUGAAAAUGUGUAUUUGGUGUCAUUUAUGGCAGAUGUUGAUGUGAAUUUGUGUUUAAUUUACCUUUGUGAAAGUUACUUAAUGCAAUAAACAAAUAAUUUUUAGUGAAUACGAAUUGAGAAGGAUAUCAUUUUAACAAAAUCUAUUUGUUCAGUUCGAAGUUAAGUACUUUGCCGGACAAAGACACGAAAUGGAGGGGUUGUUGAAAAUAGUUGAGACGAGUGACCAAUAUUGCAAUGAAUUAAAAGAGCUUAAAGAGAAAUUUAUGAAAGAUUUGUGCGACCAGCUUAGUGGUAAAAAAGCUGCACUUCCCGAGCCGAUUACUGCUGGACAAUUGCCUAGCGUUACCCCGCAACAAAAAAAGAAACGAAUCAAGCGCUUGUCUGAUCUGACUGAAAGCGACAAUGAGACCGUUUCUGAUAAAAUUCCUCCUCGCAUCUCAACACGUACAAGUAAUUCCAAACUUCUUGCUACAGCUGACACCAUGGAAGAAGAGCAAGUCGAUAUCGAUGACGUUCCAGCAACUCCCAAAGUUAAUCCAACACCAGCUCCAAGAAGUGCAAGGCUUCAAAAUAAAGAACUAUUAGAGGAAAAACUGAUGCCACCCCCACCAGCGCCUGGUACUACACAAAGUGAUUUGACUAUCGCUAGUAUUGAAACAUCAUUUGCCAGACCACAACGCGCAGCAAAAUUAAAAUCAGAAAAGAACCUCAAAGAACCAAAACUAAAUGCUAAAUUGCGUCGUCCUAGCAACAACAGCACUAUUAAGGUGAAGUUGGAGCAUGAACAGCGACCCUCACAGAUGCAUGAAGUGGAUAACACAUUACAGAGCAACAGGGAUAGUUCUAAAUCUACUGCUAGUGUCGUAUCUGAAAAUUCGGUCAUAGCUGUACCAACAAAAGCCCCAUCUGUGGUGGAGUUAAAUUCGGAUGAUGAAUCAACAGAUAAAUGUUCUCAAGGGAAUUCUACAGGGGAAGAAGGUAAGACACGCAGCCUACGCAUUAAGAUUAAACGAGAAAAGAGCAGUAUUGGUACCGCUAAUGACAAAGCAAGUACUGAGCCCACUGUACCUUCUUCGACACUAGAAUCGUCAGUUAGUUCUCAACAAACGGUUCCAUUGCCAAAGAUUCCUAUAAAGUCUGAGCCCGGAAGCGACGAUUCGACACUGGCUUCAACUACUAUUUCAGUAAAUACUACCGCAACUGCUACUAAUGCUAGGCGUCGCAAGAAAAAAGAUGUUGUGCCUAAGCCUAUAAAAGUAGAAAGAUUCAGUGACAUCGAUACAAACGAAACUACUCGGAAGACUCGUAAACAAACACGUGCUUCUGGUGGAUCUGUUUAUGAAGAUGCAGUAGAUCACCCACUUACAACAGAAGCUAUUAGCACACCGCCAACGCGACUUUCUUCAGUCCCGCCAGAAGUUGCUGCCGCUGCAGGAAUCAAUGAAAGUGGAAAUAAUUCUUCUCAAACUGAAAAGACUGUUAAUUCAACAGUAACAACGGGGGCUCUCAUAACUGAUGCUACAUUUUGUACAAAUGCAGCACAAACAACUUUCCAAGUGGAUGCUGCACAAGCUACCUUUGUUAUGGAUAGCCAAAAUGCCAAUAUGACUGUUACUAUAAACAAAAAGUCUGGAGGAGCGGGGGCUCCCGUAGGCGACACAACAUAUAAUGUGCCCGUUAAUGCCGCAGAUAAUUCAACCACUUCGUCUCGUAAUUCAAUGGAGACAGCAAAAGACACAACACAUCCUCAACAAGAUAGUCUAAUCACUGAGGAUGAGUCAUUUGAACCGCCGAAGCCUAAGAGCAAAUUAGCAUGUGUGCCAAAACCAGGUCCAGCAUCCACAAAAUCAGGAUCAGCUAAGAUUUUCAAAAUGCCAACGCGUACCAAUGAACUCUUCAAUCCACUUGUGCAGAGUCCGGUAAAGAAGAAGGUUGAAGCCUUCGAAAAUGCCGCUAUAGCUGCUCAUACUACAGAGGUAACCAGUUCAGGUCGUCCGAAACGAACUAAGGAAAACACGGCACCGUCGAGUAUAAACACACCAACUUUUGGAAAGAUCGCAUCUGCGCCUUCUCUAGGACGAUUCCUCACACCAACACAAUCUUCGAAUCUUACAAGCUCACUUGCAAAAAUUAAGAAAGUGCCAAAUAGUGCUUCGAAAGUCAUGACGCAUCCCAAAGGUAUUGCCAGUGUCAAAGCAACCACCAGCACAAGUGCUUCGAAAACAUUAUCCCGCGAAAAUAGUGCCGAAGAUUUCCGCAAAGGUUUGCAUCACUUGGCUGAGGAGCGCAAGAAGCAGCGAGAACAGAAGCAUCUCAUCGCCGCACAACAGCGAGAAGCCAAAGAACGGGAGCGUGCUGAACGCGCGGCGAAAUUAGUGAAGGAACGCGAGGAGAAACGACUCAAAAAACAACAAGAGGCCGAACAGAAGAAGCAGGCACUCGAGGAGAUCCAACGUAAUCUGCGACAGCAAGAGGAAGCCGCUAAACUGAAGGCGGCCAAAGCAAAGGCCGAACAAGAACGUGAGUUACUUCAACAAAUGAAGCACCAACAGAAUGCUCGCGCUGCAGCAGCGAAAAUGCUGCCGCCACCUCCGAAACUACAGUCGAAGUACACAUUCGAAAUGCUGCAUGAAGAUGAUUCAACAGAUGAGGAGGAAAAGACUUCGUAUAAACGACCCCCGCCACCGUCUUGGAGCCGAAGUCACGUACGUGGCGCGGCAAUUCGUAUGCAACAAUACUGGCCAACGAAGAUCAUUGACAGCUUCUUUUCGGUGGAACCCAUGUCACCGGACUUGCGUUCGAUCUUCCCCAAUAUUAGCUCACAUCAUUUGAAACGCAAUUCCAGCGUUUUGUGGUCAACCCCACCGCGUUAUUCGGAGUUGCCAAAAUAUUAAUCAUUUGCUCUGUUAUGAAAGUAUUUUUAAAUCAUUCGUUUCGCUUUGUAUAUCACGUAUGGAAUAGUGGUUAGUAUGUUAAUUGAUUUGAGAUGGAAUUUUAGUUGUAUUUAGUACAAGCAACAAGUAGCUACUUGGCCGCAUUAUUUAUCCAUUUAUUGUUUGUCAUUUGUUGGUAAUUUUUCUCGCACUACCCUUAACAUACAUACAUAUAUGAGGAGUGCAUUUCACGUAUACAUAAGGAAUUUUGUACGCAUUUUGACGUGUUUGAUUAUCGUCCCAUUUGACACAUUUUGCACUUUUUUCAUAUUAUAAAUAAAAUAAAACAUAUUGGA